CACUGGUGUUACAACGCUUGUUUCAUCUGUCAAAAAUAAAUAAAUAAAAUGCCGUCCUAUAUUAAUAAAUAUAAUUCAAAAUUUUGGAAUGACCCAAAGAUGACUAGAGAGAAAAUAAGUAGGUGAGUAGCAGGGUUGGGAGGGUUUAUUUUGAAAUGUAUUCCAAAUGUAAUUUGCAACGUAUUCCGUAUUACUCAAGGCCAGUAACAUAUUCUAAAUACUUUGGAUUACUUCUUCACUACUUACUUUUUUUUUUUUUACUUGUUUUGACUAUAAAAACUAUGCCAGUACAGUAAGACAAAAUACACAUGUUAAAAAAAACAUCUGAAAACCUAAAUAUCUUAUGCAGUGUUGUUUUUAAAACAAAAUAAAUCAAAUUGAUCUUGUUUUAAGUAUUUUUCGAUAUUUUUACAGGAAAACGACACAAAAAUAAUUAUCAAGAAUAAUUAUAAGAAAGGUCUUAAAAAGAAAUUAUGAUCCCAUGUGAAUUUUCUUGAUAAAAAAAUAUGAUAAUUCCUGGUAACGUGCAUGUAAAAUGGCUAGAAAUAGCAUUUUAGCAUAAAGCAGACAAUUUACACAAGGUUUAUUUAUAUUUCUUCUGCUCUAAACUUACUUAAAACUUACUUCUCUGUCUGCUUGUGUGACUGUAACACAUCAUAAGAAAGAGUUUCACUGCUGUUCAAAUGCACUUUGGAUCGCAUCAUUUAUAUGUAUAAUUUUUUCCAUCUGAAAGGAAUAAAUAUUAAAUGAAACAAAUGACAAUAAAAUGCUAUUUAAUCUCUUCAGUAAUCAAAAUACUUUUUGAAUGUAACUGCAAUCUAAUUACCAAUUAUUUAAACUGUAUUAUUUAACUGUAGUGGAAUACAGUUACUUAUAUUUUGUAUUUUAAAUACAUAUUCCAUUACUCCCCAACCGCAGUACCAUACAUGUUACAUCUUUUUAUUAUGUAUCAAUGAAAACUGCAUGUCUCAUGAAGGGUAACAGUGAAUAAUUCAAAAGAAUUAUGCUGAAUUUUGAUUUUCUUGCCUUAUCAAAAUCAUGCAUGCUGAAUAUGAAAUUUGAGAUGUAAAUAAUGUGUAGUUGAACAACAGUAGCUAGGUUAGGUUAUUAGAAAAUUGCCAAUUUUUAAACCAAUUGUAAGAAAUUUAGAAUAAUGACCAAAAAAAUAGAAUAUCCAUAUUGAUCAUUAUGACAAAAAUAAAUACUCUUUUAAAAAAAAAACUCUAGUGUAAGUAUAUGAAUGACAAUAAAGUGAUUCAUUUUAUGGUGCAUACAGUAUCUGGGGCAUGUUGCCUACUCAAACCUUGUUAAUACUUUCGCUUGGCACCGCUGCGCGAGUUUCUUUCAAGGCUGGUUUCACGUGACGUCACGCUGCUGCAUCGCGAGAGCGCGCAAUUCAGAUGGAGGGCAGGAAGUGAAAUAGCUGAGGAUCUGCCGUCUGGCAAAAUGCCAAUGUUUUGUGUAGUUUACGGCUGCUCCAAUCGUUCUAAUCGAGAAAAGGGAAAGGGUUUUUAUAGAGUACCGAAGAUUGUCACUCAUAAAGGUGAGAAAUGUAAAAAGCUCACAGAACAACGCCGUAAAAAGUGGAUUUUUAACGUACGUCUGCGGUCGGGAGGAGCAGAGUCUGUUAAUGCCCGUGUCUGCAGCGACCACUUCGUCGGAGGUUGCCCUAGCGCUUUGGGUGACGUUGAGUCGGUAGAUUGGGCUCCGACGGUCAACCUAGGUUACCAAAAAACUAAGCCCAAAUCAGAGGCGUCUCUUAAACGAGAGCAAAGGAUGAAGAUCAAGGAAGACCAACAAAGACGGUCGGAAUGUGCAGAUGCUAUGUUGGAUCUCCAACAGACAGACAGAUGAGAGCCCGGAUCUGACGCAGACAGCCGAAAGCUCAGAACCGAAGCAGCCAGCUGACAACAACCCACAAUCAGAGGGGAUCAGUGGGAAUGGGACAUUAAAUGAUAAAGGCUAUGUACAUGCCGGAUGCCAGACUGAGCUAACAAUGGAUGACAUUGAGAAGAUGGAGGAUGUUCUGAGACAAAACACAACAGAGCUGGGAGAUCUUCGAGCCAAAGCACUGGACACACAGUUCAACAAGGAGUCCUUUGAAAAAAACGAAGACAAGACAAUGUUCUACACGGGGCUCCCCAACUUCUUAGUUUUAAUUCAGAUUUUUGAGCUAUGCAAACCCUACAUCAGCUGUGGUCUUAUGUCUGUGCUGUCUAAAUUUGAACAGUUCAUUUUAGUUUUGAUGAAGCUGAGACUAAAUCUCCCGCUGAAAGAUUUAGCUUUCAGGUUCAAGAUCUCUCUGCCAACUGCUUCUAGAGUUUGGCAUAAAGUAAUUGACAUACUUCAUGAAAGGUUGGAAUUUCAAAUUGAGUGGCCAGAGCGACAUGUUCUUCAAGCUACAAUGCCAAUGGGAUUCAGACAGGCAUUUGGAUGUAAAGUUGCUGUGAUAGUUGACUGUUUCGAAGUUUUUAUUGAGAAGCCCUCUAAUUUACUAGCCCAAGCACAAACGUGGUCAAACUACAAGCAUCACCAUACUGUAAAAUUUCUGAUUGGUGUUGCACCCCAAGGCUAUGUCACUUACAUAUAUUGUGCCUGGGGAGGGAAAGUCAGCGAUAAACAGAUCACAAUAGAGAGUGGCCUCUUAAAAAACCUGUUACCUGGAGAUAUUGUCCUAGCAGACCGUGGGUUCAAUAUUGGUGAUAGUGUGGGAUUUUACUGUGCUUCACUACAGAUACCUGCAUUUACCAAGGGGAGAAAACAGCUGUCAGCGUAUGAGGUGGCAGACACAAGAAAAAUAGCUAAUUUGCGUAUUCAUGUUGAGAGUUAUCGGUUUAGUCAGAAGAAAAUAUCAGAUUCUGCAAAGCAGGGCUAUGCCCAUAGAGCACAUGGCAACAAAACAAGGUGAGGCACUAGCAUUGAUUGACAAGAUUGGGGUUAUUUGCUGUGUCUUGUCUAAUCUUUCAGAGUCUAUUGUCCCAUUGGAGUAAGGAGGGAGGGAUAGGGAUAAUAAUCAGUCAGUCCAGUACCUGAGCCCUCACACAUGUAGUGUCCAAUACCUGAUCCCUGCUUAUUGGCUCUGAUGAUGAUAAGUAAGAGGACAUGGAGUAGUAGUACCUGAGCCCCGACACAUAUCAGUCUGUUAAUAUGUUUUCAACAAGUGUAAUACUUUUAUCCACUAGUCCAAUUGUUCUGGCUAUAUGUAUUAUAUGUAAUGAAAUGGAUUCUAAUCUGUUAUUGCACACCAUGUUCUUUUUAUUAUAACAAUUGUUGAAAAAUCUAAUCUUGUAAAUAA